AGGGUCACGGCUUGGCCACUAGUGCUAGUGGCUGGCUUUAUAUAUAUACUGUACAUGUAUAUCCGUCUCUACUACUACUACUACCAGCACUCCUUCAGUCAUGGCUACGUUUGAGCAAGACUUCAAGAUGGGAAAAAUGAAAGAAAUGUCUGGUCAGCCUUUCCAUUAAUGCAAAGCAGGUUAAGUAACGUGUGCAGUCACAAGGAAGUUUGAAGACCCGAAUGCUGCACACACACAAUAAACGUAGUCAACACAACGAGGCUAAGCUGCUUAUGAAAGACUCCAUCUUCCAAGCGGUGGUCAGUACCUUUUCCUGGCUGGACUUGGGGAAAACGGGAGAUCAUUUGAAGAUAUUGUAACAAUGGCUGUUUUGAAAGUGACAUUUACCAAGACCAAGAGGGACAAGCUCGCUCAGGUCCUUUGGAUCCUAAAUUGGAUCUCAGUAGUGACUGGGGUGAUCCUGCUCAGCCUGGGCCUCUUUCUCAAGGUGGAGCUCAACAAGCGUCAGGAGCUGAUGGCCGACAGAGACAUUCAGUAUGUGCCCAACAUGCUCAUAUCCGUCGGUCUCAUCGCCUGUGCCAUUAACUUCCUGGGCGGGAAGAUCUGCUACGACUGCGUGGAUACUGCCAAGUUCUUACGCUGGAAGCUGAUCAUGCUGCCCUACAUCGUCUGCACCUUCUUCUUCACCUUCUGUGUGCUGGUGGGGGCCCUUAUGUGCUACACCAUGCACUGGGAGCUGGAUGAGUCCCUGAAGGAGGGCUUGACUCAGGCCAUGAGGUUCUACAAGGACACAGACACUCCGGGAAGAUGCUUCCUGAAGCGUGCCGUGGACAAGCUGCAGAUAGAGUUCCAGUGCUGCGGCAACAAAGCUUACAAGGACUGGUUUAAAAUCCAGUGGAUCAGCAACCGCUAUCUGGACAUGUCCCACAGAGAGGUGGUUGAUCGCUUGAGGAGCAACGUGGAGGGCAAGUAUCUGAUGGACGGCGUCCCCUUCAGCUGCUGCAACAUCAACUCACCGCGGCCGUGCAUCCAGCAGCAGAUCACCAACAACUCGGCCCACUUCAGCUACGACCACCACACGGAGGCACUCAACCUGUGGACCAGAGGCUGCCACCAGGCGCUCUUGGACUACUACACGGGCAUCAUGCACUCCAUCGGCCUCACUGUGCUCAUCACGUGGCUCUUCGAGUUGUCCGUGUUGACGGGGGUUCGUUACCUCCAGACGUCUCUGGAGAACGUGCUGAGACACGGAGACCCCAACUCUGAGUCUGACGGCUGGCUGCUGGAAAACAGCUUCAUAGAGACGGCUCGGACCAACCUGAACAUCAUUAAGACCCUCAGCAAGAACAACCAUGUGGACACCGCCAACAACGGAGACCCUAACAUCAACAUACCGUCCACUGUCAAAGCCCACUACGGGCCUGACAACGUGCCUCCUCAGCAAAUACCUGUAGCCAGCUGACCCCCAACGUUGGUUGGAGAUGAAACUGUUGCAUCGUUGGACCUCAACAGACCUCAUGAGAAGCCUUUUUAAUGGAGGCUAAAACAUCUUAAGGGACCCUCAGUUGCCUUUUGUGUAACACUUAAGGAGGUACCUUGUGGCCUUGACCAACUGAAUGAAGGCUUCGGAGUCAAAGUGGGUUGUUGGUCAAUUUCCGGGGGGGUCGUAAGCUCCUUUACUCAUCAUCAAGGAAAUGACUUUUUGAUUCAUGUUUGCAGGAGUCACUUCAUUAUCAUUUAUUGAUGGAGAGUAUAUGCAUUGCGUUAUUGCCAUACACGUUAUAGCUUCAUAUGUUUGUUCCAUACAUAUAUUACUGUGGAAAAGGCCAUCCUUAGAUUUGCAGGAGAUCCCAGCACCAGCAACAAAUGACAAAAAUUGAUACGCCCACAAAAAUGUCUAUUUUUGUUACACAGCUCGCUCCUCCCCCCCCCGCAAACCCUCCUGAUAGCUGCUGUAAUUAUUAGAUUAGAUUCAGCUCCAGAACGCUUUCCUUUUCUCUUCAGUAUGCCUCACCAACGUAUUAAACACAUGUCAAGUAUAACAUGUACACAGUACAUGAGGUGCUUCCCACUCAUGAAUGAUAAUGUACGAUAAUCCAUGAACAGAUGGAAUCAGAGUCACGGUGUAGAAGAUAUGUUUCACUUUUGCGUCUCACGGCAACUGUGGUGCGUUCAAGAACCGCCAAACAAAGUGAGAAAUCUCAACGCUUGACAGAGGAACAUUACCCGUGAAGCAUAAAAACAUGAACAUGUAAAAAAAUGCGGUACAUGUACGCUGUACUUAACAUGUGUGAUCACUUGUUUAGAAAUUCUAACUGACUUUGGGUGAAUGAGAUGUGUUUUCUACAGAAAAAACAUCUUUUUUAUCACAGUGUUCCCUCGUUUAUCGCGGGGACAGGUUCCCAAAAUAGCCCGCAAUAAGUGAAAUCCGCCAAGUAGCCAAGGUGAUUUUUUUUUACAAUUAUUAUAUAUGUUUUAAGGCUGUAAAACCCCUCACCUCAAGAAGGUGGCCACUUAGCGGAUUUCACUUAUUGCAGGCUAUUUUGGGAACCUAUGCUCCGCAAUAAACGAGAGAACACUGUAGUCAUGAAAAUAAAGAAAACGCAUUGAAUGAGAAGGUGCAUCCAAACUUUUGGCCUGUACUGUAAGUCUUAAAACAAUCAAAAUAGAAAUUGUCUUUCACUUGUAUACAAGCACGUAAUUUGCACGUGGUUACGGGGGUCAAGACCCACGCAAAAAUCAGAUCCAGCCAAUGUAACCCCCCGAAUAUAUUCACAUCAUUCCGAUUUAACAAAAAUAUACAUCAUCUUGCAUUAAUAUCAAGUUGAUUUUCUGUAUUUAUAUCAUUUGCCUGCAAAACAGUCGCAUGUUUAGUCAUCCGGUAAUGUAACCCCCCCUUCAAUACUUGGUAUCACCCAACCCGCUUCCUCUACUUAAUGUUCACUAGUUGCUGUAUGUUUGGCGUGGAUGGGGACAGCAGAACCGCGGAAAAAUGAAAAGAGCACUAAAAGGCGGACAGACAGCAUUUUUUCAUUGUAGCUCGACACCUCAACCUAAUAAAAAAUAGGAAAAACUCCUGACCAAAAAGAGGAAAAUACCCGUAUUGUUAAGUUAGAUGAUGAUUUGUGACCGGAGUUGGCAAGCUAGUCGUUCGAUCGCCAGUGUCCUGUCAGGUAGCGGCGUUACUAGUUUAACUACAUUUCUCGGUUGAGUGAUCGUAACGUCGCUGUUUUCCGCAUCAAAUAUGUUGUCAGUAAUGAAGGUAUUUUACUGAUCAAAUAACGUGAUAGCCGACACAGAAGCUACAUUCAACCGGGCAUUCCUAAAUUUUAAAUGCAACAGAGUUUCUGUUGCGGGCGGAGCGGUAACCAUGGUGAUGACAGACGCUCCUUCAAGUGACAUUACGUACCAGUCCUGACUCCUGCUGCAGCAGGGCGGCUGGGGAGCACGCAGCGGGUGUCAGAGGAGGGGAGACUUCGAUGAAGUGUCGUGAAUCUUGACAAGCUUUGGGAAAUACCAGAAUGUAUUUCCUUCAAUUCUGCUUUGACGUCACUUGUCAUUUUUAAUCGGCCUGUUACCACGUGAACAUUAACUAAGCUUUUUUUUUUUAACAUAAGGUUCAAGAAUGUGAUUGCCGAACAAGUGACCAAAGAGAAGGAAAUGACCAAGGAGGCACAGCCUAAUCACAGUCAAAGUAUCACAGUGUAUUUCUAAUACAGGCACGCCAAAUUACCCCGACUCCUUUUAAAAAAAGUAAAUGAUUCAAUAAAUAAGUAACCCCCCCUCCCAAAGGUAGAUCCAAAGUUACACCCUUGCUUGUACAGCACUUUCCCACCUCCAAGUCACUAAAAGCGCUUUAACACUGUUGGCACAUUUACGUACUGAUGACGCAGCAUCAGGAGCAACUGGGGGUUCAGUAUCUUGCCCAAGGAUGCUUCGACAUAAUCAUUUUUUUCUGUCAGCAGAUUUGUUAAUUUAAACAACGGUCUAACAAAGUAAAAAAAAAAAUGUCAGUAGUUAAAAAUACGAAAUUUUGUCCUUAAUUUCCGAAAUGCAACCUUUCUUAGGCUUCAGUUUUUGCAAUGUGCUCAUGUUCGUCCCAGAAGUGUGUGAUUCAUCCAACCAUGCCUUUAUAGACUUCACGCAGGAUAAAAAUGCAAAGUUGGAAGCUGAGAAUUGUCCCUAAAAGUCUUGAUAGGAUGAAGAAUGAUCUUCAGGAGGCGUCAAGGUGCUGUCUGUCAUGAACGGGUAUUUCAUGGGGGCGCUCGCAUUCGAACAUAUUACAUCCUGCCUUCUUCCUGCUCAGAGUAUGCAAGCCACACCCACGUAACACUCACAUGGAAGAAAAGGUGACAAGCGCUUCUCUAAGACUGCGAGUUUGGCUAUGCACACGAAAUACGUACCGGAAACGCAAUCGGUUCUGCACAUGCGCGAGAUCUACGUCACUUCCGCCCUUAGCAAAUUUUUUACGACAGCGCUUCUGUGACGUCACGUGCUGUGGUACUUUAAAAAAAAAUGUAUGUAUGAACAUAAAUGGUCAAUAACCAUACUUCAUAUACAGUUAUGGAAAAAAUGAUUAGACCACCCUUGUUUCUUGAGUUUAUUGAUACAUUUUAAUGCAACGAUAACAAAUAUAGCUCAUAAGAGUUUAAUUUAAGAGCUGGUAUCUAGCAACUUCCAUGCUUUUCUUGCUAAUGAUCAACUUAAGUUCUUACACGAAUAGUUAUAACAUUGUACUGCUAAAAAAUGUAACUCUUAUGAGCUAUUUUUGCUGUCAUUGUUAUAUUUAUACAAACAAAGAUACAUUUAGUUGUAUCAGGCAAUAAAAUGAACAAGAAACUGAAGAAACAAGGGUGGUCUAAUCAUUUUUUUCCAUGACUGUAUGUAAUAUAUGGGGGGUUCUUUUAUUAGUGACUCUUACUAAAAGACUUGGUUAGCAUGCGGAUGUUUCUAUCGUCUAAUGACACCCACCAAGACCGAGCUACGUAAAAACUUACGCGAUGCACGUAACGCAGACGUAAACGUCAUAGCCGGUUACCUUUAACAUAUAUUAAAAAAAUGAAUAAAACACAUAAAAUGCAGCGAUAUUUCAAUGUCAACAACUGUAAGUAGAGCGCAAUGAUUGAUUAAUCUACAGGAUUCAGCGGGAGUUUUUUUUCUAAAUAGAGAAAUACCAUCCAUCCAAACAUAUCUUCCUAGCAAAUGCUUUUGUGUGUAUUUUUUUCAGUGGCGAAAAAAAAACCGUUAAUUUAUGGAACCAAGAGGGAUUAUAAAUGAUCCACUUGCACCAUGGAUAUGAUAUAAGAAAAAAGAAUCAAUUACGGUAUGUUGUAAUUUCUCACAUCUUAAUAAGGUUUUUAAAACACUGUAGAUCGACGGACGGCGUAGAUUACACAUACCUAACACGUGACUACCAAAAAAUAGGAUGUAGAGGCUUUCUGCACAUGCGUAGAACCGAUUGCGUUUCCGGUACGUAUUGUAUUUUCCACCUCCAAGGCACAAUAUGUCUUCUAAAACCACUACCGGUAACAAAUGCUAGCCGGUGGUGGUGUUCUUGUAUUUUUUUGUAUGAAAAAGUGUGUAAUUUGGCACCAAGGAGGGAAUAGCACCUUUAAUGGACUCCACCUCUGCACUGUACAUAUACGUAUAUAAUGUAAAGAGACAUACGGUAUUUAGACUCAUGUUUUUAUUACCACAGCCUGGAAGCCAUGUAGUGCUAUCAAACAGCACAAUCAUACUAAAGUCACCUAUUUUCCAAAGGGUAAGACAUGAUAGAAGUAUGAAUUAUUAGCAUCUAUACACUUAGUGUACUUUUUCGAUCUGUGUUGAAUAAAUAAACACCAUGUAGUUUUCAUCAGAGGAAGGUUAUAUUCAUUCGUGUUUUGCAAAACAGCAAAGACUAGGUGUUAAAAAUGAGGGAAAAACAGAUAAGCAGGUAAAUAAUAACUGGGUAAAUGAAAAGUGGUUAAUAGACAUCACUCCUCAGCAUUAUGAAUCCACACGUGUAAGUUACAACAAAGUCAGACCAGCGUGUAGGUCAAAGGUCAAGGUGUGUGGCUCUACUGUAUGUCUAUAUUUAAAUGAGUCUACUGGUUUCUCCUAGUUGGUGCUUAUUUGCAUUCGCGCAGCAGACAAAUUAAAACAAGGCUAAUCUACUAGAAAAUGUUUCUUUUCUGUCCAUACUUUUCCUCCCCUUCCUCCCUCUCCUGGCGGUGUCUCUGAGCUCCAGCAGGAGGCUUUUGGCUUCCGUGCGAAUACGCGCCCUCAGGAAGCAGCAGAGAGCAUCUCCACGCGAGCUUCUUCACGACUCUGCCUUUGCUGCUGGCUCCACCAUCACAACAUCUGCCAGUCGAAAGCGAACAUGACGUUGACCAACUCCA